CUCCUUCAACGACGAAGAGAUUGCUGCUAGAUUCCCACAACGAGAUGACAUUGCUCUAGCCAACGCUGUGGUGCUAGCAGGGGGAAGCAAUGGAUUUCAGUGGACUAAGAUCGAACUGCCAGCUGAUGGGGGAUGGUCUGACUUUUCUGAUUGGUAUGAGUGCUCGGUUGCAUGCGGAGGAGGAUCUCAAAGUAGAAGCAGAAAUUGUUCUAACCCUACUCCAGCAAAUGGAGGGGCUGGUUGUGAUGGAGACGAGUUGGAAUUUCAAGACUGCAACGCUGACCCUUGCCCCGUUGACGGAAGAUGGUCUGAAUUUUCGGAUUGGUCUGAGUGCUCGGUUGCAUGCGGAGGAGGAUCUCAAAGUAGAAGCAGAAGUUGUUCUAACCCUACUCCAGCAAAUGGAGGGGCUGGUUGUGAUGGAGAUAAUUCGGAAUCUCAAGACUGUAACAUUGGUCCCUGUCUAGUGCCUUGUGAUCCGGGACAGUAUUUCGACAGUGAUAGUUUAUGUCAAGACUGUUUAGUCGACACCUACAGUGGAGGAGAAUUUGUUACAUCCUGCACGUCUUGUCCUUCUGGCAAAACUGUUAGUUCUGGAUCAGGAAAAAAUAUUGAGGACUGCGAAUGGAAGCCUUGUGACCCGGGACAGUAUUUCGACAGUAGUAGUGGAUGUCAAGACUGUUUAGUCGACACCUACAGUGGAGGAGAAUUUGUUACAUCCUGUACUUCUUGUCCUUCUGGCAAAACUGUCAGUUCUGGAUUAGGAACAAAUAUCGAGAACUGUGAAUGGAAGCCUUGUGAUCCGGGACAGUAUUUCGACAGUAGUAGUGGAUGUCAAGACUGUUUAGUCGACACCUACAGUGGAGGAGAAUUUGCUACAUCCUGUACGUCUUGUCCUUCUGGCAAAACUGUUAGUUCUGGAUCAGGAACAAAUAUCGAGGACUGCGAUUGGAAGCCUUGUGACCCGGGACAGUAUUUUGACAGUAGUAGUGGAUGUCAAGACUGUUUAGUCGACACCUACAGUGGAGGAGAAUUUGCUACAUCCUGUACGUCUUGUCCUUCUGGCAAAACUGUUAGUUCUGGAUCAGGAACAAAUAUCGAGGACUGCGAUUGGAAGCCUUGUGACCCGGGACAGUAUUUUGACAGUAGUAGUGGAUGUCAAGAUUGUUUAGUCGACACCUACAGUGGAGGAGAAUUUGUUACAUCCUGUACUUCUUGUCCUUCUGGCAAAACCGUCAGUUCUGGAUCUGGGACAAAUAUUGUGGACUGCGAAUGGAUGCCUUGUGACCCGGGACAGUAUUACAACAGUAGUAGUGGAUGUCAAGACUGUUUAGUCGACACCUACAGUGGAGGAGAGUUUGUUACAUCCUGUACUUCUUGUCCUUCUGGCAAAACCGUCAGUUCUGGAUCUGGGACAAAUAUUGUGGACUGCGAAUGGAUGCCUUGUGACCCGGGACAGUAUUACAACAGUAGUAGUGGAUGUCAAGACUGUUUAGUCGACACCUACAGUGGAGGAGAGUUUGUUACAUCCUGUACUUCUUGUCCUUCUGGCAAAACCGUCAGUUCUGGAUCUGGGACAAAUAUUGAGGACUGUGAAUGGAAGCCUUGUGAUCCGGGACAGUAUUUCGACAGUAGUAGUGGAUGUCAAGACUGUUUAGUCGACACUUACAGUGGAGGAGAUUUUGUUACAUCCUGCACGUCUUGUCCUUCUGGCAAAACUGUUAGUUCUGGAUCAGGAAAAAAUAUUGAGGACUGCGAAUGGAUUUGUGGUCGUGGAAGUUUUCUAGAAGCAGAUGGAAAAUGUGGCGAUUGUAAAAGUGACGAGUUUUCUGACUGGGGUGCAACAAAUGCAGACAACUGUUCGGUUACUCAGUAUUUCUACGAAAUGGAUAUUUCCAGUAAAGUACAAGAGAAUGCAGUACAUAAUAAAUACAGAUCAUAUUGGCGUAUUGAAUCUGGAUUAAGGAUCUUAUUUGUCUUCAACGACCAAGAGAUGCAAAAUUCUGCUUGUGAUAUGACCAUCGAAAUACAAGAUAUCGAGCUCGAAAUUGAUGUAAUGCAUUUUAGAAACACAAUCAGUGAUCCGGAGAAACUUAUAACAUAUACACUUGGUGACGACGAAAAUGAACUUACGAUAUCCGCACUUCAAACCAUAAUGAUCGAUGUGAAAGAUAAGGUACGAAUAGAAAUAAACGAGGAGAGACUUAGGUUCACAAACCAUGGAAAGUAUGUCGUUGAUAGCGAUGCCCAAACUAUUUCAAUAACCGCUUCUGAAGAGAGCUGUUUGAGAUUCCUUGAAGAAUACAGCUACAUCGAGCGAUUGCCGGAAGAUGAUUAUUUUAUCCAGCGGAUCGACGAAAUUGAUACCGUUACUUCAAUUCCUGUUAUCGAAACACCGAGGGGAGAAGUCAUUCCUAUCGAGUUAUGCAAAGCAGCCUUUUUCCGGGACUGCUUCGUAGUAAACUUAGGAUUUGAGGACACGUGGCUGGAUGAAGAUAACGUUGUGAAGAGCAUCAAGAUACCCCUAAUACCAGAGAACAGGGCGAUCGAGGUUACAUCGAAUUUGGGAAUACUUUACCGUGUACAAGACUUCCUCGUAGAUUCAGACUUGUCAGAUGGCCAAUCCCAGCUAGGCUUGUAUUUAGAGACAGAGAAUGGAACUAGCAUCAAAAUUCUUAAGUACAUCGAAUACACUGGACCUGGUGAAGUCAUCAAACCAGAGCCAUUGGAGGAAGAGGGAACUGAGAGACCACCACCCAAAGCUGUUACUUUCCACCGCCAAGAAGUGACGGAUAAGCCGAUCGUUGUAGUACCCCCGGUAAUAGAGGCACUUUUGAAUAACAACACAAUUUUCAAUUUCAUGACUCCAUCAGAGGAAGAUAAGGAUGAAAGCGAAGACGAUGAUAAGGAGGAAGAAACAUUGAAUACUUUUAAACCUCAGUUGAAUGAUGCCGUGCUGCCUGUAAAGUCAGUCAAGGUAAAGGAAAAAGAAUACACGGAGAACAGAGAGAAGCCUAAUCUACUUGGCUACUUUACAUAUAAUGGGUUUUUCGACAUAGGUGUUUCGAAAAGCAAAAUAAAAAAGAAGAAGAAUUCGGAGCAGGUUGAAUCUAAAACAGAAGAAAUUGAAGAACAACCGAUGAACCAAGGCAUUGAUCAAGACUCUUUUGUUGAGGCCAUAAAGGCAUUUCAGAGAUUUAAUGGAUUUCCGGAGACCGGUGAAAUAUCAGAAAAGAAGCUGAAGUUAUGA